UUUCUCACAGUCUGGAGGCUGAAAGUCCAAAUCAAGGUGCCAGGAAGCCGGCACCAAGCAGCAUCAGUGUGAUGCAGAGUUGAGGAAGGAGAUUUCCUCUGUGUGGGCCAAUCUGCCCCAGAAGACCCUGGAUUUACUGGUGCCACCCCAUAAACCCGAUGAGAUGACCGUAGGAAAGGUGUAUGCAGCUCUGAUGAUACUUGACUUCUACAAACAGAGCAAGACCCCCAGAGACCAGAUUCACCAGGCCACGGGAGGCCUGUCCCAGAUGGGCCCUGUGUCCCUGUUCCACCCUCUGAAGGCCACGCUGGAGCAGACACAGCCGGCUGUGCUCCGAGGAGCCCGGGUUUUCCUUCGGCAGAAGAGCUCUGCGUCCCUCAGCCACGGCGGGGCUGUACAAACCCAGGAGAGUGGCAUCAAGGAGUCUGUUUCCUGGGGUACUCAGAGGACCCAGGAGGUACCCUAUGAGGCUGUGGACGUCCAGAUGCAGAGCAUGGCCCUGAGAGGUCCUGACGGGGAGCCCCAACCCGGACUGGAGAGCCAGGGACGUGCGGCCUCCAUGCCUCACCCGGCUGCAGAGACUCAGCCGGCCCUCAACGCCAGCCCCAUGAAGCGCUCCGUCUCCACACUGGCGCCCCAGCGUCCCCACGUGGCUCAUCUCUGCAGCGCUGCCCUGGACCGUGCCCCAGCCAGCCAGGCUGCGCCCCAUCACCACCACCGCUGCCAUCGCCGCAGGGACAGGAAGCAGAGGUCCUUGGAGAAGGGGUCCAGCCUGUCCGCAGACACAGAUGGCGGGUGGUGGUUCAGUGAAUGGGAGCCCCUUGUUGUCAACAUCCGUGUCACCUACAAGACGGCCAACUCUUCACCUGUCCACUUUGCUGGGGCACAGACCAGCCUCCCCACCUUUUCCCCAGGGCGGCUUAGCCGUGGCCUUUCCAAACACAACGCUCUGCUCCAGAGAGACCCCCUCAGCCAGCCCCUGGCCGCCGGCUCUACGAUCGGCUCUGACCCUUACUUGGGGCAGCGUCUGGACAGUGAGGACACUGCCCGCACCCGGCCCGAGGACACGCUUACCUUCGAGGAGGCUGUGGCCACCAACUCAGGCCGCUCCUCCCGGACUUCCUAUGUGUCCUCCCUGACCUCCCAGUCGCACCCGCUCCGCUGCGUGCCCAACGGCUACCACUGCACUCUGGGGCUCAGCUCGGGCGGCCGGGUUCAGCAUAGCUACCACCACCCCGACCAAGACCACUGGUGCUAG